GUAUUCGAUACUUAAUCAAUACUUAGUUGUACGAUGGGGCAAGCUAGAAUAGUUCCUACCUACGGGAGUGUGACGCAAUUAUCUAUGGCCACGAGAGACAUUCGUGAUCGACCGCGAGAGAUUGAGAUGGGCAAGCCGAGCCACACGGAACAGUUGACGAACUGGAUCACCAACGUGCGUCAGAAGAAGCUAAAGUGCCAUAGGAGCCCCAAACGCGACUUCCAUAUGGAAGCCGUGCUAACUCACGCCCUACACAAGGCGGAAUACGAGUUACGGGCUAAGCAGUUGUCGAGGGUAACUCGUUGGCGGCGUUUGCGAAGGCAUCUACUCAAGAACGUGGAGUACGGCAGUUGUGGCCUGUACAAUACGACUGAACGUGAGUUCGAGAGGUGUGGCUAUCAUCCUGACUCGAGGAACAUAACUUUCUCGCGGGAUAACUUGUGCGAAGACCUUAGCAGCAUAGUGGACUUCCUUCAGCAGCUGAGUACAAUCAAAUCGCCUGUGCAGCGGUGACUAGGCUUGGAGGAUACAUGCUCUUGUUUCCACAGAUAGUCCAGGGUGAUCGAAACGUCGUAAAAAUCUGCAGAAAAUUCGAUCAUAUCCUCGAGGUCAUCCAUGCUUAUUCAAAAUGGCCACCUCAGCAAAUGUCGUGCUGCCAUUAAUAAUAAUGUUUUAUCAACUACAAUACACUAUACGAUGUAUGCCGAUCCAUGGAUGGAUGUCUCAAUGUCUAUCUUCUACUUGAUUUUUCUCUGUCUUACUGAAGCAGAACGAAAAUUCACGAACCAAUCUAAUUUUUGUGGAGCUAUGUUCCAAUAUCAGCAAGCAACCUUGAUGUAUCCAGAAGAUGCCAAAUAAUCAUCCUGCAGCAUUGCGGCAAUUUUCGCAGUCUCAUCGUUACACUAGUAUAUAUCUGGAUAUUUUUUAC